AUGGACUACCUUGUGGGCUUUGCAUCUUCUGUUUCAAGAGAUUUAGUGUGUGGCGCAUUAAAUCAAUUGCGUUAUCUUGGCUCCUUUAACAAUUCUGUCAAAAAGCUUGAGCAAGAAGAGGGCGAUUUGAUUGUAAUAAGAGAUGAUGUCCAAAAAUAUGUUGAACAUGCCAAGAGAAAAACUAGAGAGACUAGUGGACUUGUUGAUAAGUGGCUGCAAGAUGCUAUCAGUAACAUAGGCAAAGUGAAUCAGUUGCUAGAAGAGGCAAGAACAAAAAACAUGUGUUGCUUUGGAUAUUGUCCAAAUUGGAUUUGGCGAUAUCGUAUGGGAAAAAAGCUAGCAAAUAAAGUUUUUGACCUUGAAAAGUUCAUUCAUGAGGGUAAAAAAUAUGUGUCAUUUGACCGCAUCCCUACGCUACCUUCAGGCACCCUGCACAUUCUUUCAGAAAAAUGCAUGAAUUUUGAGAGUAGACAAUCUGCAUACAAGCAACUACUGGAUGGAGUGAAAAAUAAUCAUGUUUCCAUGAUUGGGUUGUAUGGAAUGGGAGGUUGUGGUAAAACCACAUUAGCAAUGGAAAUUAGGAAGUUCGUAGAAGCAGAGCAUCUUUUUGAAAAAGUUCUUUUUGUACCUGUUUCUAGUACAGUGGAAGUUGGGAGGAUUCAAGAGAAAAUAGCAAGUUCACUGCAAGUUGAAUUUCCAGAAACCGAAGAAAUGCAGAGAGCCCAAAGAUUGUGCUCAAGAUUAACUCAAGAGAAAAAUGUUUUUAUAAUUCUAGAUGAUGUGUGGGAGAAGCUUGACUUUGGUCGUAUUAGAAUUCCUUCUUCUGAACACCUUAAAGGCUGCAAGAUUCUCAUUACCACUAGAUCAGAAGCAGUUUGUACUUUAAUGGAUUGUCAAAGAAAGAUUUACUUGCCAAUUUUAAUCGAUGAAGAAGCAUGGACUCUUUUCCAAAAUAAAUCACUUAUAUCAGAUGCCACCUCUGAUACCUUAAAGGAUCUGGGAAGAUUAAUUUCCGAUGAAUGUAAAGGAUUGCCGGUUGCCAUUGCAGCUGUUGCUUGUAGUUUGAAGGGAAAAGCUGAGACGGUAUGGAGGGUUGCAUUGAAUAAAUUGAGACAUUCUAAGCCAAUAAAUAUUGAAAGAGGUUUGACUGAUCCCUACAAGUGCUUGCGGUUGAGCUAUGAUAAUUUGGAUGAUAAAGAAGCUAAAUCACUUUUCCUGUUGUGCUCUGUGUUUCCUGAAGACUUUGAAAUUCCAAUUGAAAUCUUAACAAGAUGUGCAAUAGGAUUAGGUGUAGUUGGAGAAGUUGACUCAUAUGAAGAGGCAAGGAGUGAAGUGAUUGCAGCUAAAAUUAAGCUUGUUAGUUGUUGUUUAUUGUUGGAUGCAGAUGAUGAAUGUGUCAAAAUGCAUGACAUAGUUCGUGAUGUGGCCCACAUAAUAGCAAAGAUGAGAAUAAGAUUAUCAAGUGUGACGUGGAAAAAGAUGUUAGAGUGGAACAAAAUUCAGUAA